AUGGACCGACCGGCGGUCGAGAUCUUCCACUACAGCGACGAGGAGCAGCCCUCCAACCUGCUCCUGCAGCUCAACAGACUAAGGCAGGAGAACAUCCUGACCGACGUGUCGCUGUGUUCAGACGACACGGAGAUGCCGUGCCAUCGCAACGUCCUGGUCUCCAGCAGCCCCUACUUCAGAGCCAUGUUCUGCAACAACUUCUUAGAGACGCAGCAGACCAAGAUCGACUUGAAGGGCAUCGCGUGCCCCAUUCUGAGCAGGAUCAUUGACUACGUUUACACGGGACGCGUCAGCAUCAGCAUGGAUAUCGUGCUGCCCCUGAUGCAGGCGGCAUCCAUGUUGCAAUAUGGCCGCCUUUUCGAGGCCUGCUCAGGCUUCCUCCAGGAGCAACUGAGCCCAGACAACUGUUUGAGCAUGAUACGGCUCUCUGAGAUCCUGAAUUGUGACAGUUUGAAGGACAAAGCAAAGGAGAUGGCCAUGAAGAGCUUCUCUGAUGUGUCAGCAUCUGAGGAUCUGUGUGAGCUCUCCUUAACAGAGCUCAUGGGAUACCUGGAGGAUGACGGCCUUUAUGCCGAGGAGGAGCAGGUCUUUGAGACACUGGUAGCUUGGAUCCACCAUGAUCCUUUAUCCAGACGAGGUGCGAUCAGUGACCUUUUCAAGAAAGUUCGCCUGCGCUACAUCCAUCCCACAUACCUCUUUCAAUUCAUAGCCAACGACCCCCUGAUCCAGUCCUCCACCCUCUGCGCCGAGCUCAUAGAAUCUGUCAGACGCCUGAUGUUCUCCGUCAGCACGAAAUGCAUCGGGGACACGGCGGUAGACUUGAAACCGCUGUGGGUGGCACCGAGGCGCUACUCCUGCCACGACAUGUUGGUGGUGGUCGGAGGGAGGAAGAACAACGAGCAGACCUCCAGGGAGGCCCUCGUCUUCGAUGAGAGGAGCGGGGCGUGGCAGCGGCUGGCCAAGCUGCCUGUCCGUCUGUACAAAGCCUCGUACGUCGCCCUUCACAGCGUCCUGUACGUUAUCGGAGGCCUGACCACAACGACAAAGAACUACCAAGUCAGCACGGCCGUCUACACGCUCUCCCUCAAGACCAACCAGUGGCGGACGGCAGAGCCCAUGCUGACGCCCCGCUUUGCCCACCAAAGCGUCUCCUACCUCCACUUCAUCUUCGUCCUGGGGGGCCUCGGGCCUGACAGGCGGCUGACGGACAGCGCUGAGAGGUACAACAGUAUGUUCAACCAAUGGGAGGCUAUGGCGCCCAUGCCCGAGGCUGUGCUGCACCCUGCAGUGGCUGCUACCAACCAGAGGAUCUAUGUGUUUGGAGGAGAGGAUGUCCUCCAGAACCCAGUCAGAAUAAUACAGGUGUAUCACAUUGCCAGGAACAUGUGGUCUCGGAUGGAGAACAGAACGGUGAAGAAUGUGUCUGCUCCUGCCGCCAUUGUGGAUGACAAAAUCUACAUCAUUGGAGGAUACACCAGGAGAAUGAUCGCGUACGACACCAAGCUCAACCGCUUCAUCAAGUGCGCCGACCUGAAGGAGAGGAGGAUGCACCACUCGGCCGCCGUCCUCGACAACAAAGUCUACGUCACGGGCGGACGCCACAUCAACGGCCACGACGUCAUCGAGGACUCUGACGGCUUCGAGUGCUACGACCCGAAGACGGACGCUUGGACGCCGAAGGGCCGUCUGCCGUACAAACUGUUUGACCACGGCUCGCUGACUCUGACGUACGUCUCGUCACAUGGGAAAAAUCAUGGCUGA